AUUAUUUAGAGAAAUUUGCACAGAGAAAGUAGCUUUUUGCUCUCUUGUUUUUCUUCCAUUCAGAGAAUUUCCUCUGUUUCCCCUUUUUCUAAUUAUUUCUUUUCAGCAAGAUCUGCUGGAGAAAUGGAAUUCCCCUGAAGAGAGUGAAACUAAGUUGGGCUUAGUCACAUGAUCAGAGAUUGCGAAAAAUGGGAGAGAGGAACCUGCCAACAGUCGGAGAAGAACAACAAGAAGUUAUUUGAGACAGGGAGAAAGCAACUGGCUGUUCUUCAGAAUUCCUUGAGCAAGAAACUGUUUUAAUAUUUUUCAAGGAAGAAGGUCAGAGAGGUAGGAUAGGGGCAUCCAUCUUUGGUUGGGAUUAAAAACGAGUGUCAUUUAUUUGGUAGUCUCUCUGCCAUCAUGAAGACUUGGCUGAUCCUCCUGUAUUUGGCCAUUACGAUCAUAUCAAGUUUUCCGCAGGCUGCAUCCAGUACAGAAACAGUUGCUGAGUGGACUGAAGAACCUGAACUAGUCCAAAGCACCAGCAGCAAGGAGGAGAAGACCGUUUUGCAGAUUAUCUUGUCAUGGUUCUGGCCAAAGCAUAAGGAAGUGACAGGUAAUAGAAAUGAUAUAACACCACCUCCCUUUCAAGAAGCUGGGAGGACUGAAGAAACUGAGCAAUCCCUGGAUCCAGAUACCAACAACAAGGAUGACAGUCAAUCAUGGAGGCUUUUCAGGACCAACUUGAAGUUUCAUUCUCAGGAGACUUCAGAUAAGGAUAUGCAAGGACAUUACAAUGAAGAGAAAACUUCUAACCAGAUAGUUACAUCUACAAAUGUACCAGUGGAAAAUGGAGAAGAUAGUACUAUUACUAUGGCAACCAAGCAGACAGUCUUUGAUCAUCAGUUUCCGGAACUUUUAAAUGUCAAAGAACAAUCUGCUGAAGUCCCAACAGAAGGAUCAACCACAGCAAGUACUGCCCCCAUUCCCACAGUGUCCGAUACUAGUUGCCCACCUGAAUCAUGCUCACAACGCUGGGAACCAUGGCCUGCAUGUGCUGAGUCCACUCCAGAAGAUGAACAGAAGCUGGCUGAGGCUCUAUCCAAAUUUGCACUUGAGUUCUAUAAAAUAGCAAUUCAGAAAAAGGAUGGUAACUUGGUUUUCUCACCCCUCAGCAUCACAACAACCCUAUCCAAUCUCCUAUUAGGAGCCUGCGAUGAAACCAAAGAUCGUCUUGAGAAGUUGCUGUUCUAUCCUAAAGAAUUUGCAUGUGUACAUAGAGCCCUGAAAGCCUUUGGCAAAUCUGAAGCCCUGACUUCAGCCAAUGCGAUUUUUUAUCAACCAGCACUUAAGAUGAGCAGUGAAUUUCAAAAUCUAACAAGUACAUUCUAUCAAACCAAGCUGAAGGUCCUUACUAACAACACCCAGCAGGCAGUAACUGAUAUCAACUCAUGGGUGAGUAAACGUACUGGUAACAAGAUCAAGAAACUCUUGGAUGACCUAGAUCCUGAUGCCCAAAUGGUGCUCCUCAACGCUGUCUACUUCCAUUCCAAAUGGAAAACUACAUUUAAACAAACAAAUACAAGGCUUGAAGUUUUCUACCGUCCUGGCCUCCCUCCCGUCAAGGUGUCCAUGAUGACCAGUAAGAAGUAUCCAGUGGCCUCCUACUUUGACAACAAUUUGCGGGCUAAGGUUGGCCGGUUUCAGCUGUUCCACAAUUUGAGUUUGGUGAUCUUCAUCCCUCGCUCCCAGUUGACAAACCUCUCUGAGAUAGAGAACCGUCUCAGUGCAUCAGCCUUCAUGUCAGCCUUGACCAAGCUAGAGGCCAUGCCUCUGAAGCCAACAAUAGUAACCCUACCAAAAUUUAAGCUGGAAUCAUCCCAAGACCUUAGCACAAUCAUUGGAGAAAUGGAUUUUGGCUUUUUCUUUGAUCCUGACUUGUGUGGGAUCACUCAGAGUAAAGAAGUAGCUGUGUCCAGUGCCAAGCACAAGGCUGUGCUACAGAUCUCAGAGGAGGGAGCAGAGGGAGCUGCUGCAACAGCAGUCAUCUUAGCACGUACAGCCGCUUUCUUUGAAGUGCAACAGCCUUUCAUAUUUUUGUUUCUGAAGGAUAAUAGAGUCCCACUUUUCCUGGGACGUGUCAAUGAUCCACUGUCAUUAUAACCUUUCCAUGUCCUCUCAGCUUCCAUCAGUGGGAUGAAGCCAGCUUGCAGAUUGCCCUAGCUCAGCCUGUAUAAUGUAGGCACAAGGUUUGUGGAGCUGUGGUUAUAUGCAACACAUUUAUUUAGUCUCUUCUUUUUGCUCCCAUUAAAAGGUUCUUGUAUCUUUUCAUUCUAUCUUUUUUAAAAAGAUCUAUUCUCUGCUUCAUAUCCUUUUGCCUCUAUGAGCCUAGGAGAAACCCACCUCUCCUCAUUUAUGCUGUGUAUGAAGAAAGUUGAAAAAGAGAGGCUCCCUUUUGGCCUUCCUAAAGAAUAAAGUGCAAUUGUAUUGA